GACUGUGUUUUUAAAUGUCAUGCCUCCUCUUUUAUGUUCUUGUCAUUUGAUGUAAUUUAUACCUGCCACCACAAAGAGGUAAGAACUCAUGGUGACAUUACACUCACCUCCAAUGUGUCCGAAAACCUCAACUUAACAAGAGAAAAAUGGAUGUUAGGCAAGCCGUGACAAGCAUUGUCCCUCAUCAUCAAGCUCCUAGGCAGCCUGUUCAGGAGCACAUUCUUUCCUCCCCAGUGGACUUGUGUUUUUUAAUUGGAAGCUUGCUAUUGGUUGAGUUUCUCCCAACCCUCCGCCUCCUUUCCCCUGGUUUCCCGGGCAACCUUGUCAGGGUGGAGGAAAAGAGCAAAUCAUGUGAGGGCAUAGCAUCUUUCUCUCCCCUCUCUCUCAUCCUCUCUUCCAGUGUGUGUGUAUAUGUGUGUGUGAGUGUAUAAAAGCCUCUCUCUCUCCAUGCUUUCACUUCACUCUCAGCUCUCCAUUGGUUUGCAGAGAGCAUAGGCUCAAGACUGAAGAGAGUGGAAGGGGAUACGACCAUAGGAGAUCCUUGUUUUACAGUGGGAGACAUUUCUCUGAGAAUUCUUCUUCUUCUUUCACUUUUUCCCCCCCUCUCCCCAAUGUGUUGUGGGGUUCCCAUCUUUCGUUCUUUUUCUUUUUCUUCUUCUUUUUCUUAAGCGUCUCUGCAUUGUUGGACCGUGGCAUCGAUGCAAAAUGGGUUGUGGCAAUUCCUCAGCCACCAACACGUCAGGAGGGGGGCCAGCAGACGUGUCAAAAGAUGUGACAGAAGAUCUCCCGGUAGACGAUGAGAAAAGAAGGAACUAUGGAGGCGUUUACGUAGGUCUACCAGCAGAAAUGGCCGAUGUGGCCACCAGCCAGGCCAAGUCCUCAUGAAAAGGAUCCUGCAUUUUCGUCCUCGCAGAGAGUCACUUACCUUACAGGGAGAGAGCAUGUAAGUGCUCCUGCUCAGGCUCCUCAAGCACUGAGUAUCCAGGCUUUAACACUGUCAUUAAGCGAAGAUGUGGACAGCUUGCUCGGCAUCUGAGGACGCUGCUUUAUGGGGUCAUGGCGGGCCCAGCUACACAGGGAUGAACAGCCAAAGUGAACGUAUGACAUCCAUCAUCACCCUUCAGUUUGUGAAUAAAAAAGAUGGACAUCAAAACGGACAAGCACCCACUCACCGGGAUUUGUGACAGCAAUCUUGCCUCCUCGGUCACAGAACUGGAACUUUCUCUUUCUUUUUCAGGAGAAGACAGGGGACUACACUCACUAACUAUCUGAGACACACACAUACCCAAAAGCCCUGUGCAAUUAUAAUCACUUCUCAGUAAUGUCUCUAGGAGCCAUCAAUAAUUCAUUGUGUGAGCAGUGAGUACGAGACAGUCACAGAAAAUAAAUCGCAUUGAUUUCAAUCAGGGACUUGCAGCCACAGAAAUGUCUGGAAAACUGAUUUUUAUUCUGAUUCUAAAUGCUUAGGUUGAACUUGAACUUAUUCACUCUAUGUCCCCUUGUGUUCUGGGUGCGUCAACAAGGUCGUACCUGGUGUCAUUACUUAACUUCUUCCCCAGACUGAUUAUGUAACAUCGCAUAUGACUCACUCCUCUCUACUCUCUCUCACAUUCAUUUUCAGUAUGCUCUAUCAGCAUGAAUGUGAGGUGUACAAGCAUCAAGGGUUUAAUAGAGGAAUGAGAACAUUUUUUAAAUGUAGUUAUCUAAAAUAUAUAAAAAGAACGUGAGCGUGUGUGUGUGUGUGUGUGUGUGUGUGUGUGUGUGUGUGUGUGUGUGUGUGUGUGUGUGUGUGUGUGUGUGUGUGUGUGUGUGUGUGUGUGUGUGUGUGUGUGUGUGUGUGUGUGUGUGUGUGUGUGUGUGUGUGUGUGUGUGUGUGUCUUUCCGCAGUAUGUUGAUUUUCGGCUGAAGAGAUUAGAGUGGUGCUUCUGGGUUGUUCACACAGCUCUUACAAUAUUUAUCAUAAGCAGAAUAGUUACACAGUUUGUAAUAAUCUCACAACAGAAAGUAUGAUCCAAUGUGUAGAAGAAAAAACAUCAUAUUAAAUUACGUUCAGAGGCAAAAAAGUUGUGAAAAAGGAAUCUUUCAAAGAGAGGUCAUUCUUUCUUACAGUUUAUCUACAUUGAAUUGAAAUUUCUUACAAUCGAUUUUAUACGUCAUGUUUCACACAACAUGUGGAUGUUAUUCGUCUGUGUAUCCUUGAAGGAUAAAGCUGGUACUGUGCUGUAUUUUUAUUUUUUAUAUUGUCAUGAAAUCCAAUGAAAAGACUCAAACCAAUUAAUCCUGCGGCCUUCAGUAGCUGAUAGAGUAGCUUGGUUGUCAUGGAGAAAAGUAUGAAAUUGUGGUCACAUAAUAGCAGUUCAAUUUUCAUAUAUAUAUAAUAAUAAUCAAAUUGCUGCUUCAAAUGCAGCUCAACAAUGUAUUAGUCCAUCUCAUCUCCGAGGAAAAUGAAAAUCCUCUCCUAAAACAUCUCAAAAACACAGAUUCAUAUUUCAUAAAGGCUCAGUUCUUUCCAAAAACACCUGGGCGCUAUAUUUUUCUAGCAAAUGUUACUUUAACAGCAGUGCAUUUUGGUGGCUGUAUUCAGCUUCGAAAUAAUCCAUAUUGGGGGAUUAUUUUUGGCAGCAGUCCAGUGUAUAUGGGACUGAAAAUAAUGCCAAUGUUCAUCAUUAUGAAGGAACAUGUCACCCAUUCAAUACGGUCUGACUCAUUCUGUUUCCAAACAACAAUGGAGGACCGUGGUAUGGAAAAGAAGCUAUAUCAGGCUUUGACUAUGUUAUGAUUGUAUAUUUUUAGCAGGAUAAAUUCAUUGUUGUUGUUUUUUGUGAGGGGGUUUUGUCAUGUGAUUUGUUGACAAUAAGAUCACCAGCACAGUGUCCACAUAAAACACAUUACAGCUGGGCGGGCAUUAAGGGCCAAGGUCAUUUGUCAACCGGGCUCUUGACAUCUCUCCUUCCUAAUGAAUGUACAACAUCCUCCACUCACCGAGACCCUAGAGGAGGGUGGAAAUAGACCAACUCCAAACACUUGAGAUUCAAGAGACGUUCUCUCUUAUACAAAAUGCUUUAAAUAUCUGAGCUUGUAACCUUGACUGACUGGACUAAUAACAAAACAUAGGGACUUAUUUCACCAUGCCAGAACACCAGCUCACUGUUUACUUUUCGUGUCGGUUUUUGUCAGAAUGACGCCCACUAGUUGCGGAGGUGUGUCACCACAUAAUACCAAGGGAUUUUAUGUAGUGUGAUUUAAUCGCAAAGCAUUUUUUUUAGCUUGAAUUUUGCAGCGAUUUCACUGUUCACCUACAGUAUGGUAGAGACCUAAUAUACUGCAGAUACAAAGAGCUGCUUAAUGUACAGUAUAGUUUACACCAUAUUAUAUCAAUAGUUACAGUAUGUCUACAACACCAUAGCACCAAGUUAAUGUAGAACUGGGCCAGUGAUUACAUUUUUGUGUCCGUUUUCCUUUACGUCUUCAUUUCCUCCUUGCUGCUGCCUCCUACAGAGGCCUUUGGCUCUUACAACAUGUCGUGCUGCCUGUCUCUCCCUCUUUUAUCAUCUUCUUCCGUGCCCUUUAUGGUUGUUCCUCCUUUGUAUGAUGGGUUUCUUUGCCUUUGCCCUAUUCAAUAAAUCUUACAAAGGCAAGAAGGCAGAGAGUGGAUGAAUAACACAAUGUUGGAUAGUUGUAAAAAGCUGUUCAACACAGCAUGUCUCUUGAAUGGUGUAGAGGUUGGUCAUGCUUAGAGAAGUACGAUAUUUUUUAAAGGAGCAGUAAGACAUAUUUUACCAAGACUCAGAUAAGAAGAUUAAUACCAUAUUCAGCUAUAACAGUGGUAUCAAUAUUAUUUAUCUGAUCGAACUCUUGGCAAGCAAGCCAAUAUUUCAUCUAACUGUCAAACUACCGGUAGUCCUUUUAUAUAUUUUCUCUGAUCAUCAGGUUUUGCACACAUUAUUGCUGAACCUUACAGGAAUAACUUAAAGUCAAAGCAGCUGUGAAUUGUUGUAAGUAUAUAAAUGCUUAAUCACACACUGAAAAACACAUGGAGUGGCCGUUAAAAACCCACCCGUGUCUCUUUAUGCUGUGGACAGAUGUUAUAAUAAAAGAGGUAAUAAAAGAGG